AUGGCCGACCCAACAGUGGCACAGUUCAUAGAGAUCACUGGAUCUUCUCCAGAGAUCGCUACCCAGUACCUACAGCUGACCGACAGCAAUCUCGAGACUGCCAUGCAGCUCUACUUCGAGAACGGCGGCAAUCCGAUCCAGCCUUCCGCGCCCGAAACACAGACUGCACCCCCCGUUCCACAUUCAUCAACUCGACCGCAACGAACGACUGGCUACGAAGAUGAAGACGGGGUAGUACACUUGGACUCUGACGAUGAUGAUGUUCAGUUUGUGGACACGGUUGCAGACCACAGUAGUGGCCCCGCGGCAGGUGGGAAUACGUUCGACGCAGACCUAGAGAUGGCCAGGAGGCUGCAGGAGGAAUUUUACCACGGCGGCGAUUCGAUAGGUGGGGGUAUAGGCGAUGACGUUCGAGCACCGAUGGAGAGAAGGACCGAAACGCUCGUGGGGCCGGAUAUGGACGGUGGACUUCCAGACGGGGGAUUCAGCCGGCUGCAGGCAUCUGCGAAUCGUUGGAGAAACCGACCUGGUAUCUUCAACCAGAGAGAAAUCGACAGCUCUAUCUGGAACGAAGACACCGAGCCCUCAAACUCGGCCAUUCUCGCACGCGCAACCGGCGGAGCCUCAGAGUCAUCGUCCAAGGCUAAUAUGCUGGCUGAAAUGUACCGACCUCCCUUUGAAAUCAUGUCUCGCCUACCCUGGGACCUAGCACGAGAUGAAGGCCGAGAGAAGAUGAAGUGGCUAUUAGUCAACAUCCAAGACUCGUCCAUCUUCGACUGUCAACUAUUAAAUCGCGAUCUAUGGAAAAACGACGGCAUCAAGGAGACAAUACGAGAGCAUUUCCUGUUUAUGCAGUUCUCAAAGGAUGAUCCUCGCGGUGCACAAUAUAUCCAAUACUACUUCCCAGGCCACGAUGUAUCCGACAACUACCCACACAUUGCCAUCGUCGACCCACGGACCGGCGAGCAGGUGAAGAGCUGGAGCGGCCCGCCUGUCGUCAAAGCUCCCGAGUUCUUAAUGCAGCUACACGAGUUCCUCGAUAGAUACAGUCUCGACACCAACGUCCGCAACCCUGUAGCGAAGCGGAAACCCGAAGUCAAACCUCAAUCAAAAAUAGACACCAUGACGGAGGAAGAGAUGCUAGAUAUGGCGCUGAAAAACAGCCUUGUAGGCCAGGAAUCGUCAAAACUGGAAGAUCCGGAUGACCUAACGCGAAGUAUCGGAGAUAUCAAAGGCAAAGGGAAGGCCAUUUCUAUUGACGAUGAUGAUGAUAUAGAUAUGGUCAAGGGCCACAAGGAACCGAAUGGCCAUGGCGACGACGCAGACGAGGAGGAACCUGCUGCCUCAGACUCACCAUUCUUUAAAAUACCCUCUGAUAAACCACAUACCGAACCUGCCGCGGACCCGGCAACAACCACUAGGAUCCAAUUCCGCCAUUCUUCUGGCCGAAUAAUUCGACGGUUCGCCCUAUCGGAUCCUGUCCAGCGACUGUACGAAUGGCUCAAGGCGUCGCCUCUCGAAGACAAGCAGGGAGUGGAGUUUGAGCUGGUAUCUAUGGGCCAGAAUCUGAUAUCACUACUGGACCAGACUGUUGAAGAAGCCGGGCUGAAGAACGGGACAGUGAUGGUUGGAUUUAUUGAAGACUAG